AUGGAAGAGAAUUGGAGUGCAUGUCUACAGACACUGGAGGGCCAUAGCGACUGGGUCGAAUCGGUCGUCUUCUCCCAUGAUGCCAAACUCCUUGCCUCGGCCUCAUUGGAUAAGACUUUCAAGAUCUGGGAUACCAGCAAUGGGAAAUGCCUACGGAUGCUCGAGGGCCAUAGCAAUUGGGUCCAAUCGGUUGUCUUCUCCCAUGAUGCCAAGCUCCUCGCCUCGGCCUCGCUGGACAAUAUUAUUAAGAUCUGGGAUGCCAGCGACGGGAAAUACCUACGGACUCUUGAGGGUCAUAGCGACUCGGUCCAGUCACUUGUCUUCUCCAAUGAUACAAAGCUCCUUGCCUCAGCCUUGUUGGACAGGACUGUCAAGAUCUGGGAUACCAGCAGUGGGCAAUGCCUACAGACGCUCAAGCUUAAAAGACUCGUCUCUAUAGAGGGCCAAUCACGACAGAUCCAGAAGAAUCGCGACUUCAAGGAUAUGGUGUAA